CAUUUUAAAAAUAAGGGUCUAGGAAAAUUAUUUAAAAAUAACGAUUCCAGCUGUGGCGUACUGAUUUAUUUGACUGCGGAACAACAUUUGGUAAAUACGGCCUUACAUGGAGGAUUUUAGAGUUAGCAAUGCCAGCUUACUUGUUGUGUGAUUGUGUUCUAAGAUAAAGAUUUCCUAUAUUCAAGGAAUCUAUGAAAUGGAUGUCAUUUCAUGCCUAUUCAUAGUAGUGAAAUCUAAGUGUGUGUGAGACUCGUAUUUUUCCGAAGGAUCCCCCAAACCUACCGACAAUGUAGCCGAUGCUACCGAGUCGAAAAAACACUUCUUUGGGAACCUCCUUUUCUUUCCACAUUAUGAUGGAUGUGAUAACGUAAAGGCGCCAGUAUUAUUGACCCAUGGAAUACAGAGUGCCAACAAUGUCCCUUAAAAGCAGGUAUCAAGCAGCAGUCAGGAUAACCUGGCCCAGAGCAUUUUGGACAUCUUUGGGCCCUGGAAGAACCACCUGAGCGGAGGUGGUAGCAAUGGAGUACGCAGUCGCACUUUGGUGGAAGUCCCUAGGUCGUCAGCGUCUGCCGAUGUCCGCCAAGCCCAGGGCGGUAGCAGCAGCACCUCGUCCAGCAGCGGCGCCACCACUGUUACCACCACCGCCACAACCGCCGGGGACAAUCAGGCCGGUGGGGAUCCACAGCCCGCUGUAAGCUCCUCAGGUCGGCACCCCCCGUCGACCGAAACUUCCUCCUCCUCCUCCUCCAGGUCAUCCAGCAAACACGGCUCUUCUUCCAACCUGUCGCAACACAAGCCUCCGCCGCCCGACACAGGCCAGUCCUCCUCCUCCUACCACGGGCACAGGCAGCGGGCUGGAGGUGGUGGCAGUAGUAGUUUUGCGACGGCGACGUCCUCAGCCGAUGCUGAGAGGCCUUCCUCUCUGUCUUUGUCCUCUACUUCCUCCUCCUCCGCCAGCGGCGGCCACAGAAGCUCCUCCGGGAGAACCACCCUGUUGCCCACACCGCCAGAGAAACCCUACAACUGUUCUUUUAGUCCCGCGGCUCCCGUGUUGUCUCCUUACCACUCCAAGGACAUUCCGUCGGGGCUCAAGGAUAACGACGGAUCAGGGUCAGGGCUCAAGGACAGUGGCCAGAGGCAGUCGUCCUCGACCUCCACCACCUCCUCCUCCUCAAGUCACACCCCUCCCCCGCCGUCAUUGACUGCCAAGUUGAAAAAUUCCUCCCUCCACUCCAGUUCUCCUUCGAAGGAUGGCAACAAGGCCUCUCACCAUUCGUCUAAGUCAAAACAGUAUGCUGAACCACCUUCCUCUUCCGCCUCAUUAUCGUCCGGAAAAGAUGGCAAUAAGAGCGUGAGCCCACCCCUUCAUGCCAUCUCAUCGUCCACCAAUCCAGCUGCUUCCAGCAAAGAUCACGGCCAUAGUGGCAGUAGCAAUAGCAAAACACACCACAGUGCUGCCUCCAAACGCCAGAAGUCACCAGCCCCAGGCUCAUCUGCUUCAACAGUGCCUCCCAGUAGUCAGCCAAGCGCCACGGCCGUGUCAUCUGCCUCCUCCACCUCUAGCUCCGGCCACAAGCAUGGCUCCGCCUCAUCUGUGUCCCCUGUCUCCGCCCACAAGCACUCCUCGGCCGCCGACACGUCUCCCGCGAGACAGCAGCAGCGGAGGAAAAGCCCGACCCCGCCCAGGCCCCGCUCCACCACGCCCACCAAGCCGGGCGCCCGCCCGCUCAACGGCCUAGUGCCCCCACAUUCCAAGAUGCCGGUGACGCCGGUCACUGUGUCCAGCAGUACACCAGUCUCAUCCUCUUCUUCUUCCCACAUGUCCUCAGCCGCCGUCGCCUCCUCGGCCUCAUCAUCAUCAUCUCUGCUCAGCAGCAGCAGCAGCAACAUGACAUCAUCGUCCAAACCGCUGAGCUCCACUGGUGCUGGACUCGCCGAAAAGAAACCGCUGAAGCUCCUAAUGCUUGAU